AGCUCCCUUUGUGUUCAACGGAGAAUGUGAAUGGCGAAAGAUGACAUGGCAGAGGUAGAUUUGGCGUCCACCGGAGCGGACCCCCGCCUGCAGCCCCCUUCCGCCUUCCCCUACGAGGAGUACGAAUGCAAAAUCUGCUACAAUUAUUUCGACCUUGACCGGCGGGCGCCGAAGAUCCUGGAGUGCCUCCACACGUUCUGCGAGGAGUGCCUCAACACUCUCCAUCUCCGGGAGGAGCGGCCAUGGCGCAUCAGCUGCCCCGUGUGUCGCCAUCGGACGCCGGUGCCGGAUUAUCGGAUCCAAAACCUGCCGAACAACACCAAGGUAACGGAGGAUUUCCCGCUCUACAUAGACUCCGACCCCCUGCCCCAGGACGCCCUGCCACCGUACCCUCCGCCGCUGCACCCGGCCCUCGUCGCCCUCCGCCGGGAGGAGGCGUCGGGGGGGUCCGGCAGCAGCCAAAGCCAAGCCACGCCGUCCACGACCGUGUCCACGGCUACGACCAUCUCUCAGGACUCUGUGCGUUAUGAGAGCUGUCAAAGCUGCAAGCGAGUGGCUUUAACCACCGGCUGCGUAUGUGUGAUCUUCUCUUUCCUCUCUAUGCUGGUGUUGCUCUUCAUGGGCCUGAUCUUUGUGCACAGUCACAGCAUCCCCCCCUCCCCGGCGGGACCCAUCUGCCUGUCGGUGGCCAGCAUUCUGGCCAUGUUCUCUGUGGUGGUCACGUGGCUCAUCUGUUGGCUCAAAUACAGACCAGACCAUGAGACGGGCCGCUCAUCUACCGCCGGUAACUCGCGGAGAAACGCCUGAGCCGGUUUGGCUGUCUGGUGGUCUAGGACUGACAUUCUCCUUUGAGCCUUCCUUGACUUUUUCUAUUGUUGAAAGCAUCCCGAAUGGCCUUCGAUCAGUGCAAGAAACACCCAAAGGCCUUUGUUGUUAUUUGGAGCAAUAGGCCACCGUGACCCCGAUUGUCGAGAGACCAAACUGCACUUGGCAUUUGGACCACGACUGAUGACUUCAACUGUGCUUGAUUUGGUGACUGAGUGUAAGGUGCUUCAUUCCUCCAACUUGGAACAUUUUUCGCACUACUCACUGUAUGGUACCUCCCCAUUGCAUUGCAAAUACGUGAGGUAGUGGUUCGAUGUACUGUAAUGAGCGCUUUAUGCACACCUUCCACCUCAUCCAGCUUUAAUAACUGGAUGACACUGUUUCCCUUCUUUUCCUCAAUGAAAACAGCAACUGCGUGAUUUGAUAUAUUUGGUAAAGCUCAGAGGGAUGUUCUCAGUGAAAGUUUGAUUUUUUUUAACUGUCUUUGUCAAUAUAUGUGCAGAAUUGAAAGGUUAAGACCAUGUUUUGUGAUUUUUUUUUUUAAUUAAGGGGGCGUGCGUUUUUCUGACAAUUGUGCCUCACCUUGUUGCUCAGUGGAGCAAACCUUUACUGCAUAUCAUCAACAUGAUCUGCAUUUCCACUGCAACAAACCAUCCACUGCGUCCAGUGGGCCCCCACUAUUUGCAUGGCAUAGGGGCUGCGAGGGGGGGGGGGGUGAAUAAUUCACACCCGCUGUAAUUGCCUUGAAGUAAUAUAUUGUUUUACACAACAAUACUACGAUGAGGCGUUUUCGGGUUUGGGUCCCUCCAUAAAAGAAAAUUAAAACAAAGAAAAUUACAAAAACAUUGAUGGGUCAAUCCGCAGGUACAGAACCACAAUAAUGCGUGGGUUGGGCACUGUAAUUAUAUUCCAGCAUUCAUAUAUCACAAUUAUAAAAUGUUUCCAACAUGGUGUUCCUUCACUGCAUUUUUACUUUUGUACAGUCAACUUGCUUUCCAUCUACCUAAAAGUUACAAGUUAAAAAAAUGCAGCGUGUGGUCAGAAGGUUAAAGUAAUUUACAGUCAUAUCCUGGGAAUGUCUAUAAAGCGAGAUGUUUUUAGUUUUUUUAAGUGUUGCUCAUACAAUCAGCCACAUGAAAUGUGGUACACAGUAAGGCUGAUACCAGAUUUGAGGUACCGAGUUAGGGAACUUCUUGCACUUACCAGAUGGAUCACAUGGAGCAUGUGGAAUGUAAUUCUAAAUCAUGUUUUCACUCCCCACCCCACUCCUGUCGUGUCGGCAUUCGGUGCUGAUAGAAUCUCAGUGUGACCAUUUGGACAUAAAAGUGUUUCAAUGUCGCACUUCUGAAAUUCCCAUUAGAGACACAGAUAAGAAUCAUAACUCUGCAAACUACACACUCGGUUCCAAGAUUGAUUUCAAUCGUCCUGCUUAAACCUUCUCUUAACUCUUACACUGGAAAAGCACUUUCUCCCGUCUCCCCUUUCCCCCCACAAGUAAAGGGGACAUUUUCCAAUGUGAACAUACUGUAUUUAUUUCCAAGGACCUAGAAGGUGUUAUUUGCUUUUAUGAGACUACGUGGUUGUUGUUAAAGUAUC